CAACAGACUGUUUCGAGAUUUCGAAGCGUGCACCCACGCAUGUACUUGGCGGACGAGUAUUUCAUUCAAACAGCGUAGUUCGGGUUCGGUUCAGACGGGACGGAAAAUUCGACGGACGUCAUCGCGACUCCAUGCGACAACGAGUGCGUAAUCACCCCUUCGGCAUUUGCAAGCAGAGAGUUAUUUUAGAGUGUGAUUAUUUCGUUUUGCAAAGUAAAAGCAAGAAAUCAUUCAACCAACUGGAAAAGUGUACACGUUUCAAACGGGGGCUGUCCCCCAGGAGAGUGCUGCAAAGUGAUAAGCUGGCAAAGUGCUGGAGCCUCCAGCAAAGAUGGGAUUAAUUGAUUCCUGUUAAGUCUGCAGAUUCAGCUGGAAACAGAUUGAAUCUCUUUUGUCGAGCGUGUGGAUACAAGCACAGUCUAUUUUUUCGAAAUUCGACAACUUCGUGUGUAAGUUGAUACUGUCGUUUGCACAGUGGAACGGAUACCCGACAGAUCUAGAGAAGAACGAAGUGAGCGAGCAACGGAGCCCUCGUCUGGCUCUUCGGAACGGAGGUUCCCAGCUGCUAUCGACCCGUGCAAACGAGAGGGACGAGCAUAACUUUAAAGUGAUGUAAUAAAAGCACAAUGUCAAAUAUUGACAUAUCGACGACAGCAGUAGCAGCAUGGACAAACACUUGGCAACAACUAGUACGAUUGGUGCUGCUUACAGGAUGUCUGAUCUUGGCCAACGCUGGCAGUAGCACCGUCUCGGCCGAGGGCAACAUUGGCUGUCUGUUCGCGGAGACACUCUGCAUUGAACAUCUCGAGUGGUGCUAUGACGAUUUCGUAUUCGGUAAAUGUCUUUCACAGUAUGGACUUGAGCCAGAAGAACUGUUUCGAGAACCGCUGGAUGAAGAUCAAUCCCGAUUUCUAGCUAUAAUGCUCGAAGACCUGCAGGGUGCUGGCCUCGGGUGGGAACACCAGUUCACCCAGUGCCGUAUGCAGGGGGCACUCUUCGCGAUGCGUUCCAAUACGGAAAUCCCUCGCAACCUUUGCGCCAACCUUGCUCCCGAUCCUGAAGUUCUUAGCCCUCAAAGUCCCCUUGCUUUUGUCCGUUUCACUCCCCCCAAUGAUGAAUACGCCGAUGAGGUGUAUUUUCCUCCCUUGAAAAAGUCUUUAUCCCCAUCAGCAUACUCUGAAAAACGAUUCUUCCCAUCCGCGUUACAUUCCACUAAAAAAUCCUCCAAGCUGGAAGUACUUUCGGAACCAAUGAAUCCGAAACACCGUCACACUCCGAUUGUCGAAGACAUAGAACCAGUUUCGUACCCGAUUAUUCCUUCACUAAUUGACCAGCAGCAGGAGGAACUUGAGAGAAGCCGUCUUCGCGACUUACGAAAUCGAGCUGCAUUCCGAAGAAUGCUACAACAGCUAGAAGUUGGUAGUGCUGGACCCUAUUCAUAUCCAAGUCCCGAUGUUACCGAUUACCUGGAUGAUCAAACUCCCAACGAAAUUGAGUCUGCCGACGUCCGACGUAAACAGCAGCUUAACCCGAACGAGAAACGUGACCAUUUAAUUUUCAAAGAUCAGAAGGCUGACAUUGAUGACGAAAAGGCAUUGAAACAGUUGGUACAGAAGCUUACUCCAGUUGAUGUUCCUGACUAUACCUUCAUCAAUCCGAAAACUACCUCCUUCCGCGAGUAUGCCAACAAGCACCACAUACCCAAAAUUUCCAGCUUUGCCCCAGAGAACGUUAACGACGACAUCCAAGAAAAAGAUCUUUCCAAUCUGGACAAGUUUUUCAUCAAUCCUCACCACUCUUUGACGAACAGCGAUGAAAUUCCAAGCACCUUUCGUGAGGAUGCCCAGUACGCUCCAUCCGAAUCAGGUCUCUAUACCGAGGGUGGAUUCGUUUACGUUCCCAAAACGGGCACUGCGAAAGGUAAAAAUGAAGCGCGCGCCUUACUAGAUAACAUCCUUGGGUUCACUCGGCACGAGCGACUGGAUGUGAAGAAACCGGGACCACCAGCCGCUCCACCGAACGCACUACCGCAGGAAGCCAUUCCUAGUGGUAGCAAGGCUGGCCCGGAGGACGACGACAGCGAUUCCAAGCGGCCUAAAGCGAAGAAAGAGCUGCACGUUCACACGGAUGAUAACCAUGCGCCGCACUCGGUCGACACCGAGUAUGCCCAUGUUAUACUGAAGAAUCCGAUCGAUAACUGGAAGGAUGGAUCGAGAAUUGUGACCGCUUUGGCUGAGCUAUUGAAUAUGCAGGGAUACUUCACGCAUCCAAGGGUCGACCGCCACGAGGUUUCCUUCCGAGUGGAAUCGAACCCGGACAAGAAAACAGCGACAGAUGUAGCGAAGCAAAUCAACGACAGCCGCUUCAAGAACAAUUUGUCCCGUCGCCUCGGAGUCCUAGUCAUACAAGCCGGCGUCGGCGACAAAACCAAAGAAAUGGACGCUGUGACUACGGAGAGGUUGAAGCGCGUCGAGGAAGGUCCGGACGUAACACAUGUGAUGGCCUUCAUGUUUGCAGGAGCUGGUGCCGCAGCCAUCAUAGUAAUUGUAAUUACUUUAUUUCUAAUCAAGAAGCAUGACAAAAAGAAGGAUAAGCUGGGUGGUUUACAAGCGGGACUUUCCGGUGCAGACAGCUGCAGCAAAGACUAUCAGGAUCUGUGCCGAGCGAGGAUGGCAGGGAAAGCUGGUACUAACGACUCACCCGGUGGACGAAUAACUUCACUAGCGAAGGAAACCGAGAGGCCGCCUUCUUCCAGAUCAAGCACCUCCUCCUGGAGCGAAGAGCCCGCCCUAACUAACAUGGAUAUCUCGACGGGUCAUAUGGUUUUGUCGUAUAUGGAAGAUCAUCUACGAAACAAAGGUCGACUGCAGCGGGAAUGGGAAGCACUCUGCCGCUAUGAGGCGGAACCUAGUGCCAGGGAUGCAGCAUUGCAGACGCAAUGUGCUUCUUUGAACCGUCCUGGAGCGCCAUUACCGUUCGAUCAUUCGCGUGUGGUUUUGAACCAUUUGGCGAAUGCGGAGGGAAUGGAUUAUAUCAACGCUUCAACGAUCACGGAUCACGAUCCACGAGCCCCGGCCUACGUAGCCGCCCAGGGACCGAUGCAGUCGACGUUGGCUCACUUCUGGCAAAUGGUGUGGGAGCAGGGUGCUGUUGUUCUGGUUGCACUCUGUCGGCUACAGGAGAACGGUGAAUCGGCCUGUGCUAGAUAUUGGCCCGAAGAAGGUGCCGAAGUGUAUCACAUAUACGAGGUACACCUGGUUAGCGAGCAUAUCUGGUGCGAUGAUUAUUUGGUUCGAUCGUUCUAUUUGAAAAACCUUCGAACGGGAGAAACCCGCACCGUUACCCAAUUCCACUUCCUCUCGUGGCCUCAGUCUGGUGUACCGACUUCGGCGAAAGCCUUGUUGGACUUCCGGCGAAAGGUGAACAAAUCGUACCGAGGACGGUCGUGUCCGAUUGUUGUACAUAGCAGCAACGGAUCUGGCCGAACUGGGGCGUACAUUUUGUUGGACCUUGUGUUGGGUCGUAUGAACAAGGGCGCCCGAGAGAUUGACAUUGCUGCAACACUGGAACAUCUGAGGGAUCAGCGGGCAGGUUUGGUAGCCACCCGGCAGCAGUUCGAAUUCGUGCUGAUGGCCGUUGCCGAAGAAGUGCACGCCAUACUGAAGGCGUUACCACAAAACUCGAACACCAGCGGCGAAAAACGACCAAGUGACCCGGAAAAGGAAUCGGCACAGGGCAAAGAAACGCAGGACACAGAGACCAAAGGCAAGGAAAAAGUAACGGAAAAGUAAAGGAUUACGCUAUUGAUUCUUUAGUUGUUCAUGUUGUUUAAAAUGUUCGAUGAGUUUGUUUUGUGUUUGUUAUAUACUCUUUAACAUGAGGUUCGGUUUUUGUCCCCCAAGAACUCGUUGCUCAAUAUAAAAUGCUACCAGUGAAGUUCUACACCUAGAAUCAUGAGAAGUUUAUCAAUAUUAUGAAUCUAACAGUUUGGUAUCAAAUUUCACAAUUAGGUAAACAUUAUUUCAAUAACUUAUUAUAUCAGUUUAGUUGAAGAAACCCGAAACACACGAUACUGGAAAAACCAAUGCAAACGUCUUAGGGAAUUUUGAAUGACACAAGCAAAAUCAAAUUAUAACAAAUAAUUGUUAUUUAUCCUUGAAACAUAAUUAAUAUCUGUCAAUUUUUCUGACUAGUAAUAGAUCAAAUUGACAACAUCCUAGAAUCAAGCCACGGGGGCAAAUUUUGUCCCCUUCAAGCUGGGGCAAAAUGUGCCCUCCUGAGAAGCAAGGUAUUUUCAAGCAUCUAUUGGGAAACAUUUUCUAACUAUAAAACAGACGAAUAAUCAAGAAACAGCUGCAAAUCGGACGAAUUCGUCUGCCGUGGCCCACAAUCGCCGCCAGCCAGCGGAAUAAUACGGUGCAACGCAACCGCAAGGACAAGAUCGGACAGAUUGAAGAGCAAGUUACCACCUAGAAGAAGCACGCGGGCAGACGAUCUUUGUUAAAUCUUGAAACAAAUAAGAUAUCAUCAUUUGAUUGUUUCUAUAAACUGAUGGUAUAAGUAAGUGCAGAAACAUUACCGUAACAUUUAACCAACCAAGUUCACAUAUGUACCUCUGAGAAAAAACUUUUUCAAGACAAAGAUAAAUUUUAAAAGCCGUUAGAAAUGAAAAUAAUCGAAUUAAAAAGUAUAUAUUGAAACAGAAUGUUGAGGCUAAGUAUCAGUAUCAGAUGGACAGAUCACAUGCAACCGAAACAUCAUCACACAUACACAUACACAGACCUGAUUAUCGAUAUCAGAAUGCAGUAAUGACAAAUGCCGCUAUUUGGCGAUACACUCGAGAGACAACUAUUGGUGCAGCUAUUAGGUAGGUUCCUAGAGAUAUCUAACAGACAUAACAGGGGGAUUGAGAAUAAUAGAAAGGAACAUGGGAUUCGCGGGUUAAGAGUUGAAAAUAUAUAUUUUUUGAUUCCUUGUUGGAUUUGAAAACGCACGGAAAAAAGUAGACUACAUGCCGAAUCUUAUUUGAGUAACGAACCAUACGAUUGUUCGAUGAAAACAGUAAAAUAACAGUAAGUAGCUUUUAAACAGCAACACAACAAAUAUAGAAGAAAUGGCUCUUCACGCAUUUCUUUAAAGUACAUAUAAAAAAUAUAUUGUAUAAUAAUUAUAUACAUACACAUAUACAAAACUAGGGUACAUUUCCGCACGUCUCCAAGAUGUUAUUUAAAAAAUAAUGCACAGACAUAAAAUAUAUAUUGGCUCACCCUGUUCUGUCAACGUGUCCUAAGCUAUCCAGCCAGUUUAGGUUCAUUGACAGGAAAAUUCAUACAAACUUUUUGCUAUUUUCCCUUUCUGAAGGAUGCACACAAAUUGACCUUAGAAUAGGUAAAUUUCCGCCCAAAACCAAGCAACAUUUGAGAUCUAGUUUGUUUAUUUAUUUUCGGGGGCCAUACCGAAAAAAUACCUAAAAUUUCACAAUUAUCAAAGCAGGCGCGAAAUUUGCCUCCCUCUCUGGUCGACAAACGAAUGUGAGAAAAUAAAGAAAACGUAAACCAGUUGCAACGUUAUCUGUUCUUAGAUGAACUGUCAAACGAUUUAUUCCGAGACUGACGAAUGUCUGUUUAUGCACUUUUUUGCUACUAAACUUUUGUCCCACUGGAUAACAGAAAAGCUUUUUGGCAAAACCUGUUUCUUUUACGUUCAAAAAAAACUAUUUAUCGUUAAAUUUUCUAUUUGAGAAUGCAACUCUUAAGAAUAUAUUAUACUGAAUGAAGGGAAAAACCUUAUAAAAUAUAUUUGAUGUAACAAGUUUUAAAGAACUAUUCAAAAAAAUACACUGUUGUAAACAUUAUAUUUUAGGUAUUUAUUCAUAGCAAGUAAAAAUAUUCCAUUAGACAAAGUCAUAUACAUAAACCAACGGCUAUAUACAAAAAAUAACUCUAACAGUAAACAAACUAAAACAAAAUCACAAAUGGGGCUUAUUAUUAUAUAUUAAUCAUUGUUUGACUCUAGCCAAACGACGGAAACAUUCUUAUCACAAUCAGUUGAUGGUAAACUUUUGUUGUUUAGUAGUCGCACCGCCGACCGAGGAAGCAAAACGUUUUGUCUGAGACGGAAGAGCCAGCAGCUUAGCUACUUUUCCGCCUCCGAUGUGAAAAUUUUCCAUCUAUCGGAGCGAAUUGUUGUGAGAAGGAACAUUGAAGGUGUUGAUGAAUAAAGAAGUUCGAAUGUCAAAAAAUAAUAGAUCAGAGAGAAAUUAUAGAAGUUAUGUACUCUGUGGUAAAAUAAACAAAACCAAAAAUAUUCAUAUAUUCUUGUGUAUAAAUGUCCACUAUAAAGCAAACCUAAAACUUACACAAAACAAACGAAAUGAAAUGUAUAUCAGCUAAUGUCAAAGAGACAAUUCAAUAACUGAAGAAAAGUGCUUGUAAAAAAACGAGAGGACACUUUUGGUUUGGUUUAAAACAACACAAUUGGCAAAUCUUGAAUAAGGAAUAAGAGAAAUGUUUUAUUUUUAUAACGAAUUCUAUCGAUUUGUUUAAAUAUUCCCAAAUGAAAGACUCGAGCACAAGUAACAACUUGUUACGAUAAAUGAAUUUUAUUUGCCAUCCGUACAAAGUUCGGUAUUUAUUCAAUCAAAUAUAUAGCCCUUACUAGACCGGUAUUCGAUCUAUUCAGCACGAAAUAUUAACAAACCAGAGAGGCAUCACAAAGAAUAAAUCAAUCACAAUAUCAAAAUCCGUUUUCACCAAAAAUAUUGUCAGACACAAAAUAAAAUAUUUCAAUUGUUUACCAACAGAGAAUAAAACAAAAUACUAGAAUCACACACCCUUAUUAUAUGUUGUGUAAUGCUAGAUAUAUACACAAUAAAGCAGUAUGAAAAAGUAUGAAAAUAUCUAAAACUAUUCUAUUGGAGAAACAGGCACAGGCAGAUAACGAUUCACAACUGCACACUCUAACCCACUCACAUACAAAAAAAAUCAAGUAAACUUGAAGCAUGGUUCUAAGUAUACAGUGCUUUGACGUGGAACUUAUGACGAGAGAAUGCUGCUGACCGGCAGAAGGAGCAAAGCAUUAGUGUUUACGUAAUCAAAGCAAAUAUCCCGAAACUUAUCGAAUGUGUAAUAUGUUGUGAACUCUUUUUACCUGAUAAAAAAAGAAAGAAAAAAACACAAAGAGCAGCAAAGAGAUGACGAGAUAAACAAAAUAUAGUAUUUAGUGAACGAUUGAAGAAAAUUCUACACGGCAGGUGCAAUGAAUGCUGAUGAUGAGCAAACGGAGAAAUAAAGUCCAAUUAUGACAGUG